AUGGGACAUCAGAUCGUGUAUAAAUUUUUUUAUCAUGCACAUAAAAAAAACUGCGCAUGGGUGCAUUAUAAGCAUGACGUUACGACAAAAGAAUACUUACUUGUUAUGCAAUAUGCUAAUGGUGGUGACCUUCGAAAUUAUCUUAAAGAUAAUUUUAAAAAACUAACUUGGGAAGAUAAAAAAAGAUUGGCAUUUCAAAUUGCAGAUGGAUUAAAUUACUUACAUAAUGAAAAUGUUUUACAUAGAGACCUGCAUUCUAAAAAUAUAGUUAUCCAUGAAAAUAAUGCCAAAAUAAUAGAUUUUGGUAUUUCGAAGAUUCAAAAUCAAAGUUCGGCUUAUAUAGGCAAUUUUGGUAAUAUAGCUUAUGUAGAACCUAAAAGAAUUUUAGAUUCUAAAUUUCCAUAUACAAAAUCUUCAGAUAUUUAUAGCUUUGGUGUAUUAAUGUGGGAAAUUUCUAGUGGAUGUCCUCCAUUUGAAGAUUGUCUUACAGAAAAUGAAAAGGUUGCACUGAUUUGUGCUGGAAAACGUGAAAUCCCAAUUCCCGAGACACCUAAAGAAUAUGAAGAACUUUACAUAAAAUGUUGGGAUCAAGAACCUAAACAAAGACCAAUUAUUUAUACUAAUAAUAAUAAUAAUAAUCUUUUAAAUUAUUGUUACGGACGCAUAGAAAAUAUCUUUUUUAUGUAUUUUAUUAUAUACAUUAAUAAAAUUGUCGUUUAA